AUGGCAUUUACUGGUCUCCUGAGUGAUGCUGAUAUCACCACAGCCCUGAAGGAUUGCCAAGCUGCUGAGUCCUUCAACUACAAGAGCUUCUUCGCCAAGGUUGGCUUGAGUGGAAAGUCUGGUGAUGAUGUCAAGAAGGCAUUUGCCAUCAUUGAUCAGGACAAGAGUGGCUUCAUUGAGGAAGAUGAGCUGAAACUGUUCCUGCAGAACUUCUCUGCUGGUGCCAGAGCUCUAACUGAUUCUGAAACCAAGGCCUUCCUUAAAGCUGGUGACACUGAUGGCGAUGGCAAAAUUGGAGUUGAUGAGUUUGCAGCCCUUGUGAAGGCUUAAGCACUUCAUACAGCCUGGUUUUUUUAGUUGAUGAGAUUGCUGCUGUGGACAAGGGUUAAAUGACAGCUGACCACAACAACCUCUUACCGA